UUACAGCAGUCUGGACAGCAGAGUCAAGAGAUAACUGGUGAAAACCGUUAGAAGGUAUGAACAGAAAAGAUGGACAAAUAGAAGAGAGAGGGAACUGGGGGAGUAAAGCAGAGUUUCUUCUGGCUGUGGCUGGCAUUGUGGUUGGAUUAGGGAAUGUUUGGAGGUUUCCCUAUCUCUGCUACAAGAAUGGAGGAGGAGCAUUCUUGAUACCCUACCUGGUGUUUGUGGUUACCUGUGGAGUGCCUUUGUUUGUGCUGGAGACGGCGAUGGGACAGUACACACAGCAAGGUGGCAUCACAUGUUGGCAACGCCUCUGUCCACUGGCUAGGGGUAUUGGAUAUGCAGGACAGCUGAUAGUUCUGUACAGCUGCAUGUAUUACAUCAUCAUUCUGGCCUGGGCACUUUUCUAUCUCGUAUUCUCUUUCAGCACCCAACUUCCAUGGGACAGCUGUGACAACAUCUGGAACACAGAUGACUGUGUAAAUCUUGCUACAAAGAAUUUGACCCUCAACUGGACAACACAUAUUAAUUCAACCUCUUCAGUUACAGAGUUCUGGGAACGCAGAGUGUUGUCAAUCUCUGGAGGUAUUGAGGAGAUGGGUAAGAUCAACUGGGAGAUUCUUCUGUGUCUCAUUGCAAUGUGGAUCAUAUGCUACUUUUGUGUCUGGAAAGGAGUCAAAUCUACAGGCAAGGUGGUGUAUUUCACAGCCACAUUUCCUUACGUGAUGUUACUGGUGUUGUUGAUACGUGGGUUGACUCUGCCUGGAGCCCUGCAGGGGGUUGUGUUUUACCUGUAUCCUGUACCAGCCCGUCUCUUUGACCCACAGGUGUGGAUGGAAGCAGGAGCUCAGAUCUUUUUCUCUUACAGUUUGGGGACAGCUUCUCUUACAGUUCUAGGCAGCUACAAUAAAUACAACAACAACUGCUACAGGGACUCAUUGCUACUUUGCCUACUGAAUGGUAGCACCAGUGUGGUGUCUGGAUUUGCAGUGUUCUCAGUCCUGGGCUUCAUGGCCCAUAAGCAGGGUGUACCCAUUGAGGUGGUGGCAGAAUCAGGUCCAGGCUUAGCUUUUAUAGCUUAUCCACAGGCAGUAGCUAUGAUGCCUCUCCCUCAGCUGUGGGCUGCAUGUUUCUUCAUCAUGAUCAUUUUGCUCGGUCUAGAUACACAGUUUGUCGCAAUGGAGGUUCUCAUGACGUCAGUGACAGAUCUGUUUCCCAUGGUGCUGCGCAAAGCUGGACGUCGAGAAAUAUUUCUUCUGCUCUUCUGUCUCAUCUGUUUCUUCGGCCAGCUUGUCAUGGUCACAGAGGGGGGAAUGUAUGUGUUCCAGUUGUUUGACUACUAUGCCUGCAGUGGAGCCUGUCUUCUUUUCAUCACUGUGUUUGAGUCUCUGGCCAUGGGUUGGAUCUUUGGGGCUGAGAGAAUGUUUGACGCCAUUGAAGACAUGACAAAAUCACGGCCCAACUACAUAUUCAAGUUGUGCUGGAAAUAUCUGACUCCUCUUGUGUCUCUGGCAUCUUUUAUCUGUUCGCUGGUUGAAUACAAGCCCCUGACUUUCAACCGCUCAUAUGUGUAUCCGGGCUGGGCAUAUGUACUCGGCUGGCUGCUGGCCCUGUCCUCCAUUCUGCUGGUGCCUGGAUGGGCACUGGGCCAACUUAUUGCUGGCAAAGGGAGCCUGAAACAGCGUUUGCGUCACCUGUGUAGUCCUGACACAAACCUCCCGCUCAACUGUAAGCAACAAGCUGAAAUACAGGAAAUUACUUUGACCGCAGAAAUGGAAGACUUGAUCAGGAGCAGCACAGAAGAAAACCAAAUGAAGGAAAGCAAAAAUUCAAACACUUGUAUGUCCAUUUAGUCCAUUUUUUCAAUAGAACAGUUAAAAGGAGAAAGGAUUAUUCAGUAACAUUUCAAAUCAGAGCUCAAAAUGUACUUUUCUUUCCACAAUGGUGGUUGACUGGCUAUAAAUAUUUCUUACCAGCCAUGAAAUUGUGCAGUAUUGUGCAUAAUUUCAUUAAACACUUUUGUCACAAAGAAAACAUUUAUUACUUUGUUAUUUUUUCACCUUCUCACUUGCACAGCAUAUGUAAAUAAUGUAAUGAAAAGAUAAAGUUAGUCUUUACUUUAAUAACUUUGGUAGAAAGCACAGACCUUUCGGCAUUUAAGUAUUCUAAUUUAAGAGGGUUUUGAACGGUGUUGUAGCCAACAUACAAAAGUUUUGACUGAAAAUGUGUGUGUGUGUGUGUGUCUCCUGUCCUCCUUGUAACCUUCCGUCAGAAACGAAGUGAAAAUAUUUGUUGCUAUUUUGUUGUAAAUUUAAAUGUGUCACAGUUGUGUUUGACGCCGAUGCAAAGUUCCUUAGAAAAACGUGUUGUCCUGUCUGACAGACGAUGAGAUCCUGUCCACUUUGCCACUACUACUCAUGUUUAGAGCCCGACCGAUGUGGGAUUUUUGAGGCCGAUACCAAUUUUAGAGGGGGAAAAUUCACUUAUUACCAAUAUAGUGGCCGAUAUACAUUUUUGAGUUUGAAUGAAAACAGACAUUUUCUAUGUGGAAUGUGCACUGAUUUUGCACUGAUAUGACUAUGCAAAGGUACUCAGAAGGCUGCUUUUCUUAAACAAAUAUUUUUAGCAAAGAAUUAUUUUACAGUAUUAUUAUAUAUUGUCAACAAAUUCUAUAAAUUAACACUGAGAUAAUAAUGAAUAAAUAAAAAUACAAUAAAUAGCUUAAACAUCAGUACUGUAUUUUUGGUAUCAGCCAGAUGCUGACCAUUUAAAUAAAUAAUAAAUACAAAUAAAAUAAAUAGCUAAAUAAACAUCAGUACUGUUUAGUAUCAGUCAAAUGCUGAAUAUUAAAAUAAAGAAUAAAUACAAAUAAAAUAAAUAGCUAAAUAAACAUCAGUACUGUUUAGUAUCAGUCAAAUGCUGAAUAUUAAAAUAAAGAAUAAAUACAAAUAAAAUAAAUAGCUAAAUAAACAUCAGUACUGUUUAGUAUCAGUCAAAUGCUGAAUAUUAAAAUAAAGAAUAAAUACAAAUAAAAUAAAUACCUAAAUAAACAUCAGUAGCACUGUUUAGUAUCAGUCAAAUGCUGACUAUUUUAAUACUGCCAGUCAAUUAGAGGCAGGUUGUAACCCAAGAAGCAUUUACACCUGCCGAGACAAGAGAAAUACAGCGGUAGCUGUGUUACACCGUAUUCUGCUUUACAAGUUCAGGGGAAAAUCAACACUCAACAGACACAAUCCACCACCACACUGUUGUCUGCUGAGCUACAAAUACAUGCUCUGAUUCUUAACUUUCAAUCUGCUACAUUACUGACUGCACUGACAAACAGAUUUGAUAAACAGGAGUGGCAUGGUUGUCAGGGACAGGGUUAAGGUUAUAAUGAAAAGGGAAAGUGAUGGAGUCAGCUUAUUAACUUUCCAGUAAGUAUUUUACUAGUUAGCUAUUAGCAAUUCACAGAGAAGACACCGCUUAACUCAGCCCUGUCUGCAGAGUCACCAUCAGCUCAGUGUCAGCUCUGUAAACAAUUGAGUCGGAGCACGCUCUGCUGGACAAACUACGUUAUGACACUAUGUAAAAAAAAAAAAAUUAAAUAAGCCUCACUUUAGAAAAAUUAACUGUGUUGUUCAUUGUGCAAGCGCUGAUGAAGUGUUUGGCUCUAUCAAUAAAUUAAUAUUAGAUAAAAUGCUAAACUCAAUUAAUUAAACAUGUAAUCCUAUUUGUUUUACUUUAAUUGUUUUGUAUUGGAACCAGGCUUUCAUAGUCACAAACCAUGGAAAGCAAAUAAUUCUCCUGCAUUAUUUAAAUUAAAGUAUCAAUGAAUCAAUCACAAAAAUCUUUCGACUAACCUCACAAGAAAUGCCAGUAUAAAAUAAUUAUAAUUGGUGAAUGGAAAAACAAAACUCUGACAUUCUGUCGAACAUCUCAUUUCAAUUUUACAAAAUAAAUCAAUCCAAGUU